CGCGCCCAUCAUUACUUAUAAGGAAGAACAAUCUGCGUGCGCUAAUAAUAAUCGCUGCCAGUGUGAGCUCCAUAGCAAGUCUAUAUUUAGCGCCAUGGUUGUUAGAGUGAUCAGAGAGCGCUGGCUGUCCGCUUUUACUCGUAGUGACUUCCUAGCAGCGGUGAUCACCUCUCCACUGUCCGGAGGACGAGGCUCGCUCUAUCCUGCAGCCCGCACGUUUGGUGUAUCCAGCCGCUCACAGCCUGUGAUAACAGCGCCCCCUACCUUCCGUCCUGUGCCAGCGCUGCGCCCGCCUAUUCCAUCGACUCACCGGUAUUUCAAUCCCAGGACCAGAGAAGGAGAUUGGCUCCUCCCUCAUCUCCAGCCUGCGGCUCCCUAUUGGCUCAUUUCCAGACCACUCACCUUAUCAGCUUACCUCAUGGCUGCCAGUGGGAAGAUUGACCUGAAUUCCCCCUCCAUCAGCUGGAAGGAGGCCAAAAAUUUCCUAAAAAGUCUCAACAAGAAGCAGAGACGGGAACACUAUGGCGCAAAAGAUUUUAUCAAACUGAAGGAUAUCCCAACAUGGAAAGACACAGCAAAAAAGGUAAAAGCCAAACCUUCUGAAGAAGUCAAGUUCCCAAAGAACAAAGACCUGAUAGAGAAAAUCUCUCUUAUCAGGGGGGACAUCACUAAACUGGAGAUAGAUGCCAUUGUCAAUGCAGCUAAGAAUACCCUCUUGGGAGGUGGAGGAGUGGAUGGAUGCAUACACCAGGCUGCAGGUCAACUCUUGAAGCAUGAAUGCAGCUCUCUGGAUGGCUGUGAAACUGGACAGGCAAAAAUUACCUGUGGCUACCUACUUCCUGCCAGAUAUGUCAUUCAUACAGUGGGCCCAGUGGCUGAGGGAAAUCCGGGGCCCAAGCAGAAGGAGGAUCUGAGUAACUGCUACAAGAACAGCAUGUACCUGGCAUCUGAGAGCAAGCUCCGCUCAGUGGCUUUCCCAUGUAUCUCUACUGGAGUAUUUGGAUACCCCUCCGAGGAGGCUGCGGAUGUAGCACUGGAAACCAUUAGGAGCUAUCUGGAGGAACACAAGGACAAGUUUGACCGUAUUAUCAUCUGCGUUUUCCUGGAGAAAGAUGAAGACAUCUAUCUCAAGAAGCUUCCUGAAUAUUUCCCUUUGGCAUAAAACAGAAGCCUUCGUCAGUCUUCAGGACCAAGAAACGGAGUCCUGUAAGCUGUAGGGCCGUGUGUGAAGACCGAUCCAACUGAACCCGCAUCUUUCCGCCUAUCUCUUUCACACUCUUACUGUGAUUUCAGUAAAGUCAAUGAUACACAA